AACAACAUUGAGCUUCAGACAUCUUUCCCUCUCAAUUACAGCUCUUUCUUUCUAUAGAAGUUACCCAAGAUGGACAUGCCAGUGAAUGUCCCGGUCGACGACCCCAACGCCGACACAGAAUGGAACGAUAUUCUUCGCAAGCACGGUGUGAUACCAGAAAAGCCUCCGUCUCCAACUCCUUUUAUCGAAGAAGCGCUUGUUGAAGCGCGACGACUUGCACAUGAGAACCGCCUCGAAGGAAAGGAACUCGAUGAGCUCGACGAGCUCGAAGAGGAAGAAGACGAAGAGUUCCUCGAGAAAUACCGGCAACAGCGCAUGGCCGAGCUCUCCACUAUCUCCGCCGCCAGCGUACACAACCAAGUAUACCACCUGCAAAAGCCCGACUACUCGCGGGACGUGACCGAGGCGUCUAAGAAAUCCUUUGUCUUCGUCAACUUGACUUCCUCGCUGGGUACGAACGUCGAGUCGCGCAUCCUUACUGAGCUCUGGCGCGAAGCUGCCCGGAGAUUCGGAGACGUCAAGUUCGCCGAAAUGCGCGCCGACAUGUGCAUUGAGGGAUACCCAGAGCGGAAUACACCCACGAUAUUGAUAUACAAGGACGGAGACAUCCAGCGGCAGAUUGUCACGUUGAGGGAGUUGAAGGGCAAGCAAACGAAGCUGGAGGAUAUCGAACAACUCCUCAUCUCCGUCGGCGCCGUGAAGCAGACCGAUUCCCGACUAAGCAAGAAACCCGGCGACGAAGACGACGACGGCCAAGACAAGAAAUCUAGCCUUCGCAGCUCCGCUCGACCGACUAGAGCCGGGGAUGAGUCUGAUGACGAUUGGGACUAAAGCGUAUUAUACCAUUUUAUUUGAUAUGCCUCAAGCGGUUUCCCUCAUGUCCAUUUACCCUUUUACGACUAUCCUUUAGAUGCAUUUCCACCGCGGGUGUAUUCGUUAUGUAUAUAAGGUACGCGAUUUUGUCAACUCGCAAAAAGAAAAAGCGCGGGCUUGAGUUUUACUUUGCUAGGAUUGCUAUCUAUCUAGAGCAUGGGCCUUGACGCAGCGGGCUGCGUUUUUCAUUUUCCAUUACUUACAAUGAGGUUUCGUAGCUACUCAUAGCUACGUUGGCCUGCGAUCAUCAUUACGCGGUAUAUAAACAGGAUCAAGCUCACGUUGGACAAAAAGUUUGGUAGUAUUCCCGGAAUUG